AUGGAGACCUCAACAUACAUCUUCCUGGCAGUCGCCAUCUUCAUAAUCGGUCGCAUGCUCUUCGCCGACCGCUCGCCCAUCCCCGAGACAUCCGGCAAGGUCUACAAGCUCACCAGCCAAGCCGAGCUGGACGCGCUCCUCUCCUCGACCAAGCACGUCAUCGUCGACUUCUACGCCGACUGGUGCCCGCCCUGCCGCGCCAUCGCGCCCGUCUUCUCCGAGUGGGCCGACAAGCACGCCGCUGAGGGUAGUCUGGCUUUCGCAAAGGUCAACGUCGACCACGUUAAUGCCAUCGCUAAGACGUACAACGUCACUGCCAUGCCCACCUUCGUCUUCUUCCGCGACGGCAAGCCCCAGGGCGUCGAGGUCCCCAGCCUGAAGCCCCGUCAGUCUGUGAGCUUCACUAGCGAGGGGCUGGUUGAUCGGGUGAGGGGUGCGGACCGCGCCGCGCUGCAGGCUGUUGUCAACGCCUUGGCUGGACCGCAGGAGGGUGCUAAGAAGGAGUGA